GUGUGGAUGGUAGGCCAAACCGUAGAGAUAAAGCUCCGUUUUCAAAUUUCUCCGGCGUAGUGUGGACGCUGCCUAAGCUGUAACGAACAGCCUCGUACGUCAAGAUUCAAUUCCUUCAAGGAAUACAUGCAUGGGCGUAAUGGAACAAUGAUAAGUUCAUAAUUUAAGAUAAUUUGGCGCCUGUGUGGACCAGUGCAUAAGAUCAAUUGAUAAAAUGAAGUUCGUAUAAUAGGACUUUUAACGCUGAAAGCACUCAUGGCGGUCAUUUGGUGAAAUUAAUUAAACAGUUAUGGCCUAAGUAGUGUAAAAUUCUAUCAAAUUCUAUCGUAUAUUUGUUGGUCACAAGUGUUUUUUAGAGGUUUAUCUCGAUUUCAUUGUCUAACUUUAAACAUCAUUGUCCAAAAAUACGUCUUAAUCUUUCGGCUUUUUUUUUUCCAAUGCAGUCAAUUUAGUCUGGGCUAAUACAUCUCAAAGUGUUAUCUUGGCGCGCUUAAAGCAAUUUGUUUGCUUUAUCGACAAAGUUUACAAGUUUAUCUAUUUCGUGGAUCUUAAUCUUGAGGUAAAACAAUCAGCCUGUUAUCCGUAUUGCAAUUAAUCGAUUACAUAUCAGAAAGACUAGUCCAAACAAUUUGCGGUGGUAUUGUGCACGUAAAGGUAAUUGUUUUUCGCUCCAGGCGGUUAAUGUCGGAUUAAAAUAACUAUGAUUCAUUGAAGCCAAAGCAGUUUCUUCGUGCACUUGCUAUCCAGCACAAAUCCAUUGAGUUUUUAAAUCAAAAUUGGUUAUAUUUUUUUGUACUGUUUCCGCUUUUAAAGCCUUUUGCGUUGGAAAUAAUUGCUAGAAUACAUUAGUUUAUGUAAACAUGUGGAACAAAAUGUUUAAGGAACACUCAGACUUCAGACACAAAAAUGUCUAGUCAGGCGCUCUUCCGAUGUUUUAGGUAUAAAAAAACCGCUUAGUCAUGGCAAAUCGGAUUUUACAUUAUACAGCAAAUGUCUUCCUUAUCUCGUGCGAAUAAUCAGAGUCGCAGUUACGUGCCAUUCAUAUGAAGGAAAUUGAAUCUUCCACUUCGUCUCUGUCUCUCUUUAUUCCGUCGUAAAACUUGACAUAAGCAGAAGGGAAUCGAGCCACGAUCCUGAUUUAGCUUAUGACAACAUGUAAAUUCUCUUAACUGGUAAACAAACACUUCAGUUUAUGUCAGUUGUGAGAAUUGAGAUGUUCGUCUCGUCUCCCAUCUCCUUUAGAUUUCAUUGCAAUUGAUAAUGUAAAAGGAUAUUUUUUAUGAAGGCACGAAACUAUUGUAGCGAGCUUGGACAAUUCACAAUAUUAUUUUAUGGGUCGCCGCGGUCGACCCCUUAGACAAAUGCGUCUUUUAAGACUUUUGAUCGCAGUAAAAGGCAUUUUUCUGAGACAGAAAAUGUGUGGCCACGCCUGCAGACAUUUAGAAAGGUGAAGCGAGUUCGAUUAAAAGUUUGAUUAAAAAGGUGGGCUUAAUUAAAGGAGAUGUCAUUUGGUCUUAAUGUGGGAAAAAUGCAUAAUGAGUGAAAUGAAUUCUUACUUUUGAAGAGUUAACGUUUUGCAGUUUCAACAUGUUAAUGCCUCGUCUAUCUGGUGCGAUUCCCUUGGCCGGAAUUGAAACCUGUGGUUGCCAUUACGGCGUGAAAUUGAAACCACGGUUCCUUGUUAAUUUUUCAUAUCCGUUGGUUCUGUUGCAGAUUGUUUGAAGCUUGCAUCAUGUCACUUUAUUAGACGUAUUACUAUAUUGUACUAUUCUCAGUUGAGAGUGUUUUUGUUGUCGAAAUACCUUCUUAGAAGCGUGCUCUUGUAUCUAUCAAACGGUUUUAAUGGGAAAGGAUCGCAUGAGGUUUGGAGAAAGUUUUCCUUUCUGCUUUUAAAAAACUUGAUUUCGCGAUUAGAUAAAUGCCGCACCCCAAACAAAUGAGCUAAAACGUAUCUAUUUAGCGCUUGAUUCACAAAAUACAAAAAAUGUAUGCAAAUAGAGGGAAUUGAGUGAUUUUUCCCCUAUUUCGCAUCCCCUGCUUGUGUAAUGUAACGAUGACCGCGGUUGCAAAUUCGCGGAAAUUAUGAUAACAGAACGGACAUUUAUUAUACCAUUUAUUUCCCGGUCUUUGUUCCAUGAUAAAAUAAAACCCAAUUUGGCUUAAUCCAAUUUAAGUUAAUUACCUUUUUUCAAAACCCUUGACUAAAAUAUCAAGGCCUUAGGCGAUCCUUCUAUUUUAAUAGUUUUAUGUUUUGCUUUUGACAAAUUCAAUGGGGAAGCAACAUGAGAAGUAAAAUAAUUUAUGUGGUGAUGUUUUUUUUUCCGUGUCACCGCGCGCCAGGUAAAUUUUGGCGGGAAAUGAGGCAGUCGACGUCACCUGCUUGCCGCCUUUACACCCCUUGCGGCGCCGGUCCGACUAAUUAUUAUUAUUAUUUGACUUCUGGCUAAAAGGGUUGGCCUUUCGUUAUUUCAUAUUUUUUCCUGUUUUCUCGAUAUAGAAAGAUAACUCCUGAAAGAAUAAAUCCACAAGCUCGGUUUGCCCAUUGUUUAAACUUAGUUUUACGAUAAUGCCGAAUAACAUUUGUCGAAAAAUACACGAUUUCAUUUGGGAAUGUUUGUAAAGUCUUUAAUUUUCGGGAGCUUAAUUUCGUUUGAAAUGGCAUUUACCUAAUGUAGAUUUUUUUUUUUACCAAAAAUUGGUUUUAUGAACUAUUUGAAGAAGCUUCGCUGCUUUAUCCUCGCUUCCAUUUUCAGUUUUCAAAGUUCAAUAUUCAUAAGAAUCUUAUUCGUUGACAGAAGUUUUCUAUAACGUAGUGAAGAGUCCUUUUUCGGUGUAGCUUUUUUCUCGUUAAUUGAUGUUUGCAAACAUCCUGUUUUCUGGUAGCUUCCCGCACAAUGCAAGUGAAAACUGUUAUUUGACUAAGGGUCCCUGUUUUCUGACUACCCUGGGCGCGACCCUUCAAUGAAAUAAUUUUAUUCGUUGUGAAAACAAAAAAAAGUAUCUUUCAACUAUCAUUCUCGCUUAUCCGAAAAUUUGUUUGCUGUCCAAGAUUUGCCUGCUUCACUUGAGCACUAACCGUGCCUUAAUUUGCAUUUUACAUGAAAAUUUCCCAAAUGGUUAUUGUACGAAUUUACGUAUGUCACAUUAUGUGACGCACUGUUGUGUCUAGCCAUGCCAGUUUGCGUUCCAUUAGCCUUUUCCUUGUUAUCGGCCUUUUUAGUUUUCUCCAGUGGCUACGUAUGAUCUUUUCACGCCAAAUGCAAAUCGAAUGCGAUGUUGUUUUGGUUGUCAAGAACGUUUUUAACCCCGGCCGAUGGUACAUCGAAAAUAAUAAAUUGAUCUUGUCAGUUUUAGAGAUUAUUAUCUGUGUAAAAAUCUUUGCCCACCUAGGUCACCCUAGCAUGAUAGAUCAUAUCAAAGCAAACCCAUACUGCGUGCUAAAGAGUUUUAAUUGAUGACCUCAGUAGCGAUUUCGUCUCCCACUUAAAAUGUCGUCGGUUUUAGCUUGGAUUUCCCGGCUCUUUCUUGCUGUUUUUUAUCGUGAAAAAAGUUGAUACACUGUAAGUUUUAAAAAAUUUUACAAAAAUUUCCUGCUUGUCUCUGUAAUUAUUUUUUGUUUGUUCUAGCAUUGCUACGGAAAAAAAUUGGAUUUUAUGUGUUGUGUUCUGCCGGGCCGCCAUAUGUUAGUGGGACGUUCUGUUUAUCAUCCAUUUACACGGAUUUUCGUGGCAAUCUUUUCGUUUAGUCCACUCUGAUAGAUUAUGAAUAAAUUUUCUCUUCAUGUUCCGCCUAAUCAGGUGAAAAUUCGCCAACACUGUCCGAAAGCUUGGCAACGAAAAUUUCCGUCUCCUGAAGAUUUCCCGCGAAGGAAUCGAAAGCGAUUUUCGUUUACUUCAUUUUUUUUCCAAUCAGGAAUUUUGAUUUUUCACUUUUAAGUGCUUGUCCACCGAGGUCCUCUUCUACAAUAGUUGUCUGUCAGCAAUCUUUCCACGGUAAAGUGGUUUCACUUAGAAAUAAUUUUUUGUGAGUAUUCAAAGUUCCAAUUACAGGUGUCCGAUCUGAAGGCGAAUAUAUGUAUACAGACACUGAGCGUUUACUUAACCAAUAAGCUUACUUUCUCGUCAUUUUCAAACCACACGCAUGUUGAGCGAGACUUGUCUCUAAAAUAUAAUUGUUAAGAUCUUGGUUGCAUUUUCUUUUUUUUUUUUGGUGGCCUCCGGGCAUCAUUAAUUUGAAAGCAUUAUUUUUCGUACAACACGAUACCUUUGUUCUGUUUAAUUCUAAAGUAAUUCAGUCUUUUUUUGUUGUUGUUUUUCUGUGUUUUGUUCUUGAUUUAAAAUCAAUACAUGUUUUUAUAUAUCAAUGUUGCGCGAAUUGACGUUUUUACUGAAGAAAAGUACCCAGGCUUUCAAAGAGUUUUACCAUCAAUAGGGCAGUGUUUAGUUACCAAGAGCGAUGAUGAAAAUCUUUGACUUUCACAUUCAAACCUUGCAGAAGUCAAAGUUGCAGCUAAUUUAUGCCUCGUUCUAAUUGUGCUCGUCGGCUCGAGCGAAAUGCCAAAAAUUUGAAUAUGGCCUGGCGUUCGUUUAUCGUUCAUCAACUUCCCAUCCUAUCCAUUAGAACAACAUUGUCAUUUAAAUGACAUGACCGGUGAUUACUCUUGCGAGAAAACAAAACGCCAACCUCUGCUAUUGCUGCAAGAUUGGCGUUGUUUUUUUCUUUUUGUUAUUGCCCAAUCUCGUUCUUGAGCUUGUAUCUGUGUAACUCACAUAAUACGUCAUCGUGGUUUUGGAGAGUUAUUUGGUGGGAUCAUCUGUCAGGCGCAAUUAGUUUUGGCUCGUUCGCCACGGGAAACCGCGACGACUACGCUAGUUAAUUGAGACAACGGGCGGCAAAAUUGUCGCUCAGUAGGGAAGGAUCGAUCGCUAAAUUAACCCUCUGGAGGGCUACGAAGUCAGUGUUAUUGAGGCGACAGGGAGGAGGCAGAACUAAACCUUGUGUCACCCUCAAAGAGCUUCACCGCGCUGCGCUAUUUUAGUGCUACAAUUGGCGUGUUUGUCAUCGACGCCAAGAGCCUCGAAGUCAACAAGACGAUUUACAGUCUGCCAGAGCAGAUUAGUAUUCAAUUGGUAGAGUAUCGUUACGUUUCGUUAUCAAGCCUCUCUGCGGUAUUAUCCGCGCCAACUUUGCUUCCUUUGGUGCGAAAAUUGGACACACAAGGCUGUGGAUCGCGGGCAAUUUGAACAUUCAUAAGUGCGAUCACAGUGCUGACUGGGGACUGAGGAAGCUCGGCGAGUUUUGAACGUUUCGGCGCGAACUAAGAUCUUUCUCAUCUUUAAGUUAAUCCGCGCUACUUCAACAUGAAUUCAUCAGAUCUACCCGCGGUUGUUUCAACUCUGAACAGAAGCGGAAGCGACGCGAGCAGUCCUGAGACAUUUCAGUUCUACAUCGAACCGUUCGCAGCGCAGCUUGUUCGUUUCAUUUUGGACGCCGUGAUUUUCAUAGCUGGCGUUCUUGGCAAUGGGCUGGUGUGUGUGGUGGUGAUUAAAGAGAAUCUUCACCGUUCCCUGGCUUACUGCCUGAUUCUAAACUUGGCCAUCAGUGAUCUUGGCGUCCUCCUCUUUAGCCUUCCAUUUGGAGUCUUGCGCACAGAAGAUGUGAGCUGGCCGCUCGGGGAAUUCGGCUGCAAAGUGCUGUACCCGCUAAGCGACGUUUUCCAUGGGGUUUCCAUCGCCAGUAUCACCGCCAUUGCAGUGUUUCGCUAUCGGGGGAUUAUUUCAGGGCACGGGUUGAGCCACAAAGGGGCAAUGAGAACAGUCAGGAUUGUGAUCCUGUUAAUUUGGGUUCUGUCGUUUUUGCUCUUUGUGGUGCCGUUAUUUUUUGUCAUGUAUUACGUGGAAAGUGGAGACGAGGCUGUCUGCUACCCGAAGUUUCCAAGCACGAUGCUCUACAAGCUUUACCAAGCGGAGACCGUAUUGCUGACGUAUCUUUUACCCCUGGGAGUUAUCCUCUUCACGUACCUCAGCAUACGGAGGCGCCUGAACGAAAGCAUUGCUUUACACAGUCAGAUUCGCCGAGAAUCUCGCAACCCUGGCUCAUCGGCGCCGGACAGAACAAGAUGCGCCAGCGAAAGAAACCACAGAGCACUCAAGGUCUUAACUCCCGUUGUAUUGGUCUUCUUUGCGACAUUACUGCCGUACAACGUUUUCCGUGUAGUGGACAUUUUCCAGGACACUUCACAGUUUGAGUACUUGCUUCUGUUCUUUAAAAUCUGCAUCUUGUUUUUCGUCUGCAACAGCUCGGCUAAUCCCUUGAUAUACGCCCUGUUCAGUGAGGACUUCCGAAAGGCUUUCAAGUGGCAUAUGAGGCAUUGUUCUCCGUCAGGAGAGCUUUCCCGCCUGUUUUCACUUUCAGAGAAAGUGACCUCGAUCCGCGGUCGCAGGACUUUCUUUACUCGCACGAGCGCGCGCAACAAAGAGAGGCCUAGUUCUUCGGCUUCUGACGUCUUUGUGUAAGAGCCCUUAGUUGACUUUUUCACUUUAAAGAAACACUUAUUUACCGUUCUUAUUCAGUUUGUGUGCGAAGCCUGUUUAUUGCAAGGUAUAGAGAGGUCAUUUAUGUCUGGAUAUUUUAAUUUUUCAUUCACGCUCCAGGAAGGCGCGAGCUCGCCAAAUUGGAUUUUCGCAAAUGUGAUAAUGGAUUUUAAAACGUCCCACAGAGCCCCUGCAGUGUCCUGCAGGACAGCGGAAAAUUACAAAGUUGAGAUGAAGAGGAAGCCUAAAUCUAAAUAUUAAACAAUGUGUUGUAAACAAAAUUGUAUUCAGAAACCUUCGGCGUGGCUCGUCGCACGAGUGUGAUCGUCUUGUUUAUAAGUAAUUUUUCAACAGUGCAAGUGUGAAGUAAUAAAACAAAAACGCGAGGUGUUGUUGCCCUGGAAAUUUAUAACAUUAGCGGUUAAUGACAGCAGCUAGAAAGCUAUGAAAGCUAAGUGAUAGUUCAAAAUUAAAACUACUCAAUCAAAAAACGUCGAGAUUGAUGACGAGUUCUAUGUUAAUGCGAGUUUUGUCUCAAUUGAUAGGGGAAAAUUGCCUUCAUUCAUCUAUCAGUUCUUUGUAAAGUUUCUAAGACGAGUUGUUCAAAAGCAUUGUUUCUGUCGUAAAGCUCGGUAAUAGGCGGUCUUCGUACGAAAAUAUAUUUUCAACUUUCUUUGUUUUGCACAAGCGACUCCCACGUGAAGUGGCUUUCGAACAAUGAAAUAACGCGAAGCCACAGCUUUCUGUAUUGUUGCGCUCUCGCCGUUGAUAAACGCUGAGAGAGCCGAGGUCAUCUGAUGGUGACAGGGGGCUUCUGAAAAAGGCUAAAAAACAAAACACUGUAAAUCCUACGCGAGGCGUGUCUGGAGAUAAACUCGCUCCUACUUUGUUACGCCAAAUCUGUUUAACACCUGUAGAAAUAAAACUAUAAACUGAUAAAUUUUAAAUCCCCAUAUCUUUCUUUUUUGUCUUCUCUCAGAAGUCAAUAAAACAACCGGAUUUAGAUCGUAGACAAUGAUAAAUAACCUCAGAUUUUUUCCUAAAUAGAAUCAGCAUGUUACUUCAAAAUAACACGCAAUAUUCUUCACAUCUCAUUUCUUGCCCUAUUUUUUUUUUCCUGAGCAGAUUCUUUCUCAGCGCUGCCUUAAUUGAAGUCUCUCUUCCUAUUUUCCUUUCGUAUAAAUGUAGUUCUAAUUGCACAUUCUGCAAUAUAGUACAAUUUAAUAACCUCUCGUCGUUGGAUAUUUUAAUUAUUUACUCCCAUGUCAGACCAAAAAGCACGGUAAUUCAUUCUUCCUGCGUGCGUGCAAAUUCUAUUUCUUCCUUAUUGUUUCCUCUUAAGAUCUGAACGUGCUGGCACCAAAACUGACAUUAGUGUCACUUCUGUUUCAAUCAAGGGCUUUCUUGUCGACUUUUUGCCUUCGCCAUUUACGUGGAAUGUUAACAGCAUAUCCGACAGACUUUGAAAAAAGGAAACGGCCUUGUUUGUUUUACGAUGCUCUUAGCGAAAUAUUAAAUUUGGCACCCGAGUGUUUUCCUAGCGACCAAAAGUUGCCAUGCGAAAAGUAAACGUGUCAUUAAGCGAGCGCGUUAAAUGUUUUUCUUGUUAUAAAUAUAUCUUUUGGUCGCAAAGCUGGAAUAUUUCCCUUUUCCUGCUGUGGUCUAUUUUCGGUAAAAGCGUUUAAUCGCGUUCCGACAACGAGGCACAUCAUUUUUUCAUUUAUCGUGGUUGGUAAUUGUUAGGUGAAGUCCGUGUCAGAUUUUCAUCCGUGAUGUAGGUUGUAAGUUGCGAAGUUUGUUUCAUAAAUACAUUGUUGAUACUGUAAAAAUCUACUGCUUUCUUGCACUAGUACGUAGUACAAUAUGUAUGUUGACGGUCUACAAUUGUAGGUUCUUUGUUGGGUUAGUGAAAGAACCGCCAUUGAACCGUACUGAGAAGUUGGCCACGCGAAAACUGGGGGGUUUCUUUCGAAAUGCCAUUUUUCCCACACUCGUUUUUUCCGCUUCUUGUUCUUCAGUAAUGUAUUUGUUCGACUGACACGCUUUGGGGUAUUGUAUUUUCCUUUAAGCGUAACCUCUGUUACAGUCACCUUAAAAAGCCCCCAGGCUUUAAAAAAAGAAGAGUGUAUAAAAUAGCGGUAGAGACAAAAGUCAAGUGCACUUAAAUAAAUUUAAAGAUCUUAGAGGCGAUAAGACUUGAAUAGAAACAGCGUUUAAAUUUGCAUGCUCUCUUGUGACAGCAUCGUAGAAUGUUCGCAGCAUUGUUAAAAUUCUUCGCGUAUUUUUGCGUUCAGUUUGUGUCGUUUUAGCAAGAUUCUUGUUUGGAUGGUUAGCGCAAAGGUCGAACUUCUUGGGAGUGUUUUUUUUUUUUCCCUUUAUAAAUAGUAAAUCAGUCAACGCACACUCUUGUUCUCCAAGCGUACACCGAACGUCCUUACACGUUCUUUGACCCCGUCAAAACGACAAACAACAUUCCGGGCGCUAAGUGCUGUUUCAACGAUUAACAUUCAUGCGGGUUAACCUUUGGUUCUUGAAUGUGACCAGGAUCUAUUUUCUCCUUAAUACGUUAAUACAGAGGCAAACAGACGGGUAUUGAGAAUGUUGGAAAUCAUCAGCUCUUGGGUUCCUUCUUGACGGUUCCACCACGUGAUACUCAUUUAACAUUUUGAGGGAAGGAGUGUUCAAAUUGCUCAGGAAACUGCAAACGUGUUUUUUUUUUUAGAAACAACUGAUUAUUAUAAAUGUAACAAUAGCGUCAUUAGAUUUAGAAGCAGUUUAACUGUACGUGAAGGAAUCUGGGUUGUUUGAACGUUUUAAAGGAGGAAAUACUCUUCAGCAGCGAAUAAAAGUUGCCUUAUCUGUGCAGGAAAAAAUUACUUUCCUGUUUUCCUUGUGUUUAGUUAUUUUAUUGCUCUAUUACCGGCUAUUUUGUAAUCUUUGUUUUGAUUCUUUUAUAUCUUACUUUGACUGAAGAUGUUUUAAGUCCGGUGAUUGUUAAAAGCUUUGAAGUUGUCAUCAGAGGCGAAGAAUGGUUUGUUACUCAUGACACUAACUGUAUUUUCAGAAACAUUACUCGCUCUUUGCGAUACACAACGAUUUUUAUCGAUCGCCUAUCGACUUACCGUUUAUGAAAGCUUCUCUUUUUGUUUGAAAGACUUCAGUGACUUAGAGAACAAAUGUAGUAUUUCGUGGAAUCUUUUUUUUUUUAUGGUCGGCUUUCUGUUCUUACACCAAACGCAGAUAAGAUGUGUUUAUUCAUAUUCGAUCCACCUUCUUGUAUUCGAUUCCAAGAGGAGGGAAAAAGGACUAGAAAAGAUGAUCUGCUGAGCGGCGGGCAAGUUAGACGACCGCGUCAAGUAAUUCUUAACAUUUGUACUCUAAAUUUUCGAGUAAAACGUCAUUAAUUUUGUUUAAAAAAAUAUGUUGCGAUACAAAUACUCUAAACUUUGAAAGCAACCCGACUUACGUUUUUUGAUAAUUUUGUGGUCUAAAUAUUUAUUAUAACCCAUUUUUCGUCAUCUCCGCCAUCUUAUCCGCGAUUCGUAAUGGCGUCUUUGAGGUCGUUUCUUGCGCAUUGUUCGGCCAUUAUCGCUUAUGUGCCCUGCACGUCUCAAAUGCGGCUUCCUUUGACUGCAAUCACUUAUUGCCUUUUCUCGUGUAUUAUUCCAGCGUGUUUCAGACACUAAUUUACACAGUGGGUUAUUUGGUUUAUUCGCUUCUUGUUUAGGUUAGAUUUGGUGCUGUGAUAAGGACUUCCAUGGUUUUAUUACGUGUGUUUUUAAUCUUAAUAUACCAUGUAGAAUCGUCAACAUCUGAUUGUUAACUCCUGACCUAUCACAUUUUAAUCUCGGAAGUUCUUCCGCUAAUUCCUUUAUCUCCUUCAUACAGCUAUCCAAAAUUAAAAUCUAAACUGGUCAGUGUAAAACGCAGACUGCGGACUGCAGACUACGGACCGGGUGUAAAGUACAGACCGAGUGUAAAAUGCAGACCGCAGACCACAGACCACGGGUAAAAUGCAGAUUGUAGACUGAAUCGUGAACUGGUUAACGAAGCUGAGCUAACCGUAAACGGGUUAAUCGGAGCGUUAUUCAGGCUAUCUGGCGUGCAGGCUUUCACUACGAUUAGUCUGAAUAACCCCGUUUACGGUUGGCAGUCGAUUAUGGAAAUAACACAAUAUAUACUUUGCAAUCUGCAGUCUGUAGUCCGUAGUCUUCGUUUUACACUGACCGAAAUCUACACUGGCUGUUGCAGGCUGUCGCUUUCCCGGAGAUCUGCCGCAACUUGAUGAACGUUCUUCCAAAAAUGGCGCACGAAAUAAAUAGGCCAUUUCCGAGUUUACCUCGUGCCUCAGUUUCAAAACGAGUCCUCGUGCAAAAUCUU